GUGAUUCUGAGGACUUGAAAGAGGAUUGAAUGAGGUUGUAACUAUGGCUACGUCUGGGUGGGGGGCAUGGGCCCUCUUCCCCUGUGGCCUAGUUCUGGUCAUCUGCUGGUCUACAUGUCUCUGCCAGCAGCCGCCCAUCAAACCUGAGGACUGCAGUAAAAAGGAACAUCCUGUUGCCACCUACCAAGCUCUGAGGUCGUGGGUGUCUGAGUUCUCCCAUCCAGGGGUGAAGGAUUUCUCACAGCUGGCCAUGGACCUGAGCAGAAACCAGCUCAUUGUUGGAGCAAGAAACUUCCUUUUCCGACUGAGAUUAAGCAACGUGUCCCUCAUACAGGCCACACAGUGGGCACCUGACGAAGACACAAAGCGCUCGUGUCAGAGCAAAGGAAAGUCUGAGUACGAAUGCCAGAAUUACAUCCGGGUUUUGUUGGUAAGCGGGAGGACACUGUUCACCUGUGGGACCAACGCGUUCUCCCCCGUCUGCAUAAGCAGGCAGAUUUCUAACAUCAGCCAGGUGUUGGACACAGUGAACGGAGUUGCCCGAUGUCCGUAUGACCCGCGCCACAACUCCACGGCCAUGGUGACGCAGAGGGGGGAGCUGUACGCCGCCACUGUGAUCGAUUUCUCUGGACGGGACCCGGUCAUAUACAGGAGCCUGGGGAACAUGCCCCCCCCUGCGCACGGCCCAGUACAACUCCAAAUGGCUCAACGGUUCAUGAAGCCCCACACCAAGCCUCACUUUGUGUCCGCUUAUGAGAUCGGCCGGUUUGCCUACUUCUUCCUGAGAGAAACGGCCGUUGAAAACGACUGUGGUAAGAUGGUGUUCUCUCGGGUGGCACGGGUCUGUAAGAAUGACGUGGGUGGACGCUUUCUUUUGGAGGACACCUGGACCACCUUCAUGAAGGCCCGCCUCAACUGCUCACGGUCCGGAGAGAUCCCCUUUUACUUCAACGAGCUGCAGAGCACCUUCUACUUACCAGAGCAAGACCUGAUUUACGGCAUCUUUACCACUAAUGUGAACAGUAUUUCAGCUUCUGCUGUGUGCGCCUUCAAUCUGAGCUCCGUCACCCUGGCUUUCAACGGACCCUUUCGCUACCAGGAGAACCCCCGCACUGCUUGGCUCUCCACCCCAAACCCGAUACCCAAUUUUCAGUGUGGCACUCUGGAGGAGGAUGGCCCCGGGGGAAACCUGACUGAGAGAAAUCUCCAAGACGCCCAGCGUCUCUUCCUCAUGAGCAACGUGGUCCAGCCGCUCACCAUCAAUCCUCUGCUCACCCAGGACAACGUGCGCUUUUCCAAGCUGGUGGUGGACAUUGUGCAGGGUCGAGACACUCUCUACCAUGUCAUGUACAUCGGCACUGAAUAUGGCACCAUUCUGAAGGCACUUGCCACAACCAACAAAAGCCUUCAUGGCUGCUACCUAGAGGAGCUCCGAAUCCUCCCUGAGGGGGAAAUGGGACCCAUAAAGAGCCUGCAAAUCCUUCACAAUGACAGAUCUCUGUUUGUGGGGCUCAGUGACCGACUGGUGAAGAUCCCAUUAGAGCGCUGCUCCAGCUAUCCAAACGAACAUGUCUGCAUGGAGGCUCGGGACCCUUACUGUGGCUGGGAUUACAAACAGAAGCGCUGCACCACCAUCGAGGAGAGCUCCAACAUGAACCAGUGGAUCCAAAACAUCACUGAAUGCCCAGUGAGGAACUUGACUCAGGAUGGUGCUUUCAGCCCAUGGGCACCAUGGCAACCUUGUAACCAUGAUGAUGGUGAGGGCUUUUUUAGCAGCUGCAUGUGCCGAUCGCGCUCCUGCGACGGACCAAAGGCGAGAUGCGGUGGGGUUGACUGCAAAGGGCCGACCAUCCAAGUGGCAAAUUGCUCCAGGAACGGUGGCUGGACUCCCUGGUCUUCCUGGGGUCAGUGCAGCAGCAGUUGUGGAAUCGGAUUUGAGGUGAGGCAGCGGUCCUGCAACAACCCCGCGCCCCGUCACGGUGGUCGAAUCUGCGUCGGCCAGGGUCGAGAGGAAAGGCUGUGUAACGAGAAGAAGCCAUGUCCCCUGCCCGUGCUGUGGACAGCGUGGGGCCCCUGGGCUCACUGCAGUGCAGACUGUGGUGGAGGGGUCCACGCCAGGACCAGGAGCUGCGAGAAUGGGAACAGUUGUCCAGGAUGUGUAACGGAGUACAAGCCCUGUAACCUUGCGGCUUGCCCAGAGGUUCGGCGCAACACGCCCUGGACCCCCUGGAUGCCAGUCAAUGGCAGUCAUGAUGGGUCAAGACAAGAACAGAGGUUCAGGUACACCUGCCGAGCUCUGCUGCAUGACCCCCAGCAGCUCCAGCUGAGCAAGAAGAAGCUGGAGACCCGUUUCUGCCCCAGUGACGGCUCUGGAUCUUGCCAUACUGACACUUUGGUCGAAGAUUUGGUCAAACCUAGUGGCCGAACUCUGCCUCAACCCCAAGGUGCCCGAUGGGGAUCAUGGGAAACGUGGUCCAGCUGUUCCCAGCAGUGUUCCGGGGGCUUCCGAACACGUAAACGCAGCUGCUCUACGCCAGACGGCCGGAACAACCUGGGUGCAUGUGUAGGGUCGCCUGUGGAGUACCAGGACUGCAACACGCAGCCCUGCUCAGUGAGGGGAGCCUGGUCGUGCUGGUCCUCCUGGUCCCUGUGUUCCUCCAGCUGUGGAGGCGGGCUCUACCAGCGGACCCGGACAUGCAGCAGCCCCCCCCCUUCAAACGGAGGAGACAUCUGUGUGGGCCUGCAUACUGAAGAGGCUCUCUGUAACACACACACCUGUGAUGGUCGAGGUGAGUGGACUGUCUGGGGGGACUGUGACGAAGAGGGCCUGCAGCAUCGCACACGGCAAUGUGGGGAGGACCAGGAGACUGAAGUCAGCCUCUGUCAGGGCAACGUCACUCAGUCCAGACCAUGCCAGCCCCAUGAGGUGCCAGUCAUUUUACCUGGACAAGAGGAGCAGAGCUGUGGAAGUAAGAUGGAUGUCUCUCUGUCUGCAGCCUUUACUUUGUUCCAGCUGGUUGCUGUGGGCUCAGCCAGCUUCUUUGCUGCAGCCCUCCUGUCGGGACUGGCUUUUUCAUACUGCCACCACCUGAACCGACCAUCGGCGGAGUCGGCCGUGAUCCACCCCAGCACGCCCAACCACCUCACUUACAACAAGCCGGGCAAGGCCACGCCAAAGAACGAGAAGUACAUCCCCAUGGAGUUUAAGACGCUGAACAAAAACAACCUUCACGUGAACGAUGAGACGUGCAACCAUUUCUCCUCCCCGCUGCCGUCCAGCAACAUGUUCGCCACCACCUACUACCCUCCCUGUGUCAGCAAGUAUGACUUCCACAGUGAGUCCCCCUGCAGGACCUUCAUGCACAGCUGAGAUGGGCUGAACCUCUUUUCUCAUUCAGCACAGAAAAGGCUUUUGGAACUAAACACCAAAAUAAUUCAGAUUUAACAGUCAAAUUUUUAGGUUGGUCAGAGUGAAUUCAGCUCAGUUCACCCAAAACGGGAGUUAUUCAGAUGAGUUUUUCCUUCUUUUUUUGACAAGAGCAUCUCAAUUUUCAUUUGCUCACAAAAACAAAAACAGCAGAGGCCACACCUGUUUUUCAGUAACUGAAGUUUUAUGAAGACACACUUGAAGCAAACAGCUGAGGGGAAAUUUUACGUUUUAUGGAAGUUGCUCCAAACUUCCAGGUAUGUGUUGUGUGUCAAACUAAAGUUCUUUCUCACAACAUGUGGAUUUUGUUCUCCAAGGAGCUGCUAAAUAACUGGUUUCAGAUUUAGGGAAUCCUUCACUGGCAUUUAAAACGUCAGAGCACUUAGGAAAAAUAUCUAAAAUUUAAAAUAUCGUCAGCAAGAAUCUCCCAUUUUGACUCUGAAAGCGGAACAUUCUGCGGAUCAGGGGAAAGGUUAACAACCGUUUAAAAUAAAGAUCUUAUUAUGUUGUUUAAAGCGGAGGAGGAAAAGACUGCUACACUGGUACAGACAACAAGCUAAUCACUGUUGUGGGUGUGUGUGUGUGGUUAUCCACCAGCACACAGGAGUUCAGCAGCCCUCACCUCCCAAAGAGGACGUUUGUUCUGCACCUUCCUCUUUGUUCACACACUCCGAGGUGCUCUGUGUGUUCAGGACUGUGCAAAGGCAGGACUCAAACCUUCAGGGCCUCAGUGAGACUGAGGACAUUGUACAUAGCUGGAUAGACCGCAUUUGGCAAACUGGAAACCACUUAUUGGGACUUCAUAAAGAGUUCAGGAAACUCACUCAUCCUGUAGAUUGUUUUCCAUAAGAAGAGUAAGAAAUGCUUAAGGGAAUGAAGAAAUGAAAGUAUCUAUGACAUACUUGCUUUAAAUCUCUUGUUAAGCUAUCACAAAGUCACUGAGGAAGGCAGUUUCCGACAUGCCUCACUUGUACUGUGUGUUUUUAAAGUUGUUCGCUGAAUUUCCAUUUUCAUAGAUGUCAUAUUAGUAUCUUUAGCUGCUGAAUCAUCUUUGAAAUGUAUGGACAGCUGAGCCGCUCACCAAAAUUAGAAUUUAGAAAUCACCAAAUUCAGUCCAGUCACGUGUACUGUAUAUUUUAUUCUGCAGAUUUUUCAAAUGAAUUCAGACUCUGUCUACAAAUGAUGACAGCAGCUGUCCAAAAGCUGGAAAUGUCAAAGACUUUUAUCUGUAGCUGGUGUUCUGUACCAAUGAGAUCAAUGUUAUCUUUUUUUUUAUUAUUCUUAAACAUGCUGAACAUGUU